GGAGUGUACCUCUGCCGGAAAUGGCUCGGUGCACGACGAUACAGCGCCAUCUAGGGAAUGGCAAUUGUAGCUUGGUGAAACUUAUUUUUUAUAUUUUUUAUUCGGGUAUUAAUGUAUUAUCAAAAUAUUGGGUCUUUUUUCACCUGCCGAAGGAGUCGUAAUUUUGUUUUAGAAGACGUCGGUGAUAGCUAGCGCCAUCUACGAAACCACGGUGAAAGCACGUUUUUGUCAGUCGUAGGCGUCAGCUGGCGCCAUCUACGGAACCGCGGUGAGAGCACGUGUUUGUCAGUCCAGCGCUUUGGUCAGUCUCUCCGCUCACGUGCGCUCCGCGGAUCGGCUGUUUACGCACGUGUUAUCAUGGAGAUUAAGGUUGGUGCAAGGUUUGCGUCGUACGACGAAUUUGAUAGGGCUUUGCGCAAGUUGCAGCUGCAGACAAACGCACUGUUCGUCAAAAAGAAUACAAAAUCAGUAGAGGUUGUCAACGCACACCUGGCAUCCGGAGCUGUUGAGUUGGACAGAAAAUUGAAGUUCGCCAACGCAACAUUCACAUGCAAGCACGGCGGUAACCAUAGAACAAGGGGCACGGGGAUACGCCCAAACCAGAGAACAAUGAAGCAUGACUGCCCGGCUAGAAUUGUGAUUGCUGCCAGGCGUGCAAGCCAAGAGCUGGAACUCACCUGUGUUAUGCUAGAACACAAUCAUGACACCACAUCUGAUAUGUUUGCCUCCUAUCCGGAGUGCAGGAAGCUGAAUGAAAAUGAGGCGAAGCUUGUGCAUCCACUCCUUGAGAUGAACGUGCGACUCAGCCUCAUCGUACAGAAGCUCAAGGAAGACACAGGUAACACUACUGUCACAUCAUUGCUGAAAAUAAUCAUUGCAAAGGACACACAGAACAUAAAAACUAGCAAGAGCAGAGGAAAUGAUGUAGAAAAGCUCAUGCAAGUAAUCUGCGACCUUCGUGAAAAAGAAAAGGCAACAGUUAUUUCAAUUACAGAUGAAAACAAAGAGCUCCAGGUUCUCUACGUGCAAACAAAACAAAUGCACAGGAUGUUUAAGGGAUAUCCCGAGGUUUUAAUCCUAGACGCCACGUACCGAACUAACAAGCACAGAAUGCCUUUGUUUGUGUUCAUGGUUGAAGAUGGCGCAGGUGCCAGCCAUGUCGUCGCAUAUGCCUUCGUUGCAUCCGAACAACAACAUGUUGUCACUAAGCUGCUUGAAACUUUUGUUCAUGCAAAUUCAGCUGCAGCUCGCACUAAUGUUGUCAUUGUGGACAAAGACUUCACAGAAAUAGCUGCAAUACGAGAAACGUUUCACUCAAGACCUGCUGUGCAGCUCUGCCAAUUUCAUGUGAUGAAGGCUUUCCGGGCAGCUGCCGGACAGUUGGCACAUUCGGCAGAAGAAAGGGAGAGAUUAGUCGCCAGCUUCAGUGAAAUGGUGAAUGCCCCAAAUCCAGAAAAAUUUGAAGAGGCACAGACAGACUACUUACGACACGCCAAUGCUCAAGCAUGUACUUACUUUGAGAAAAAUUGGAGAAACAUUCCCAACAUGUGGGCAAGACACCUCUGUGACAAGGAGUUCACUGCAGGUAAUAACACCACCAACAGAGUUGAAUCUCACAACGCCAAGAUCAAGCAAAUUUUGUCAUCAUCUGACAAAUUACACGAGGCACUGAGGGGCGUUGUCAAGCUGUCAAGUGUACUCACGCAAGAAGCUAGACAUCGUGCAUGUGUCAUGAAAACAUCAACAUUUUACUCGUAUGACGCAUCAAGUAAUAUUGAAGCCAUAUGUGCCAAGAAGUUGACUCCUUAUGCUUGUUCUACAAUUUACAAAGAAGCUGCCAAAGCUAGAAAAGCACCUCCGGAAAUACAGCAACUAGAGCCAGCUGUUUAUACUGUAUCAAGUGCUUGUGGCACCUGGCAUGUAGUUUCAGAGAAAACUUGCACGUGCACGUGCACCACCUUUUCUAGGAUGGGGCUACUGUGUCGGCACAUUGUGGCUGUGUAUGAAAGAACUGGUGCUGUGCCUGAACUGUCCAAAUUUGUCAAACCACGAUGGUUCAAGUUUUAUCACCUCAGAGUCAUGGCUGCUGACAACAAUGCUGAAGAGAAUUGUGAUGCAUCACAAGAAAGCACGGAACCACUAACUAUGCCAGGGCCAGCAUUUCAUAAAAUGAACAGAAACCAACUAUUCAAUCAUGCGAUGAGGACACUGAAGACAAUAGCAGAUUUCCUUGCCGACUCUCCGCAUGAGGUCUUUGCGGCCCGACUUGAAAUUCUCGAGAAUGUUUAUGCAGAAUGGCUUACAGAAAAGUCCUCAGGUUCUGCUAGACACGUUGAGCAAACUAAAGCUAACCAGCAAACCAGCACAGCUGACUCCUCUGUGCUGCCACAAGCCCCUUCCACUCUGCCACAAGCAACUUCAAUACAACAAGCCCCUUCUACGCUACCACAUGAACCUUCCAUUCUGUCACAAGCAACUCCUGUGCUACCACAAGCCCCUUCCACUCUGCCACAUGAACCUUCCAUUCUGUCACAAGCAACUUCAGUGCUACCACAAGCCCCUUCUACGUUGCCACAAGAACCUUCCAUUCCGUCACAAGCAGCUUCAAUGCUGCCACAAGCCCCCUCCAGCCCCUCACAGCUCAGACUUCCACUUGCGAAGCCGAGAGGGCGCCCGAAGUGCAAGUCUGUGCAAAGAAGCAAAAUGCCAAGGCAACUCUCCGAAAUUGCUGCAACACCAUUUGUGCAGCUGGCUGAGAUUGCUCAACAUAAGCGUGAGUUUUUACUUGGCAUAAAAUGGUUCAUGGUGCAUACUUAUGUGGUGCUUCUUUCAAUUCUCCUGACGGAAAUUGUGGGGGAGGCUACUGCCAGCAAGGUGCUAGACCAUGGCUACAUCAUUGAUGAGGCCGAUGUUGAAGUACGGCCAGAGUUGCUCCCAAGUGGACUUUUGGAUUAUCGAGUUCAGAUGCGGCAACUGCUGCCGUACUUUUCGGGCGAUGCCUGGCUGCUACUUACAUCUGCAGUUUCUACCAAGAAGAAAAACGAACUGUGGUUGUGCCAUGCCUGCAAAGAAAAGGACAGUGGCGAGAUCAAAAUGAUUUGCUGUGACCACUGCCUGCAAUGGUUUCACUGGACUUGUGCUGCAGUCAAGCAAGCAGAUGCAAAGAAGAAGUUGUGGUUCUGCAGGCCCUGCAGCGACAACGGCAGAAUUUAGUGUAAAGGCAUAAUAAAAUUUGUAAUGCUGAAAGCUACCAAAUUUGGCAGCUUUGUUAUGAACCAGUGUGUCUUAUUUGAGUGGUUGCUUAUGUGCAGUGCACCCGAAAAAGUUCAUCAAAUCUUUCCCACAAGUUUGUUAGUUUCAAAUGCAAUCCAACCAAACACAUCAAAUUAUUUGGCGCGGUAAAUGUUAUACCAUAUCAAAUAACUUUCGCAAGGGAAGGUUGA